CAAGAGAGGGGGUGAAAUCCCCUACAAUUCCAACCCUUCAAACAGGAAGUGAAAGAAUAAAACCAGAGUCAGAGCAGAGAGAAGACACACAGGGUCUGACAGAGCCAAGUGAUCUCUACUCUUCAUCUCUACACGAGUGGCUUUAAAACAAGAAUCUGUUGAGAGUGUGGAGGAAGAAUGGGAAACAGUUCAUCCACUUCACGGAGAGAUGGCAGGUCUGGAGGAUGCCUCUGUUCACCCAAACUAAAGCCAGCAGGGAGGAUUGUUCUGUUGGGAAAACCUAGAGUUGGGAAAAGCAGCCUGGCUAACACCAUAUUUGGAGAGGAUGUGUUCGACACAAACCAUUCUCCAAACUCUGGAACAACUCAGUGUCAGGCAAAAACCAGACUUGUCCAUCGAAGACCAUUCACCUUGAUUGACACUCAUGGUUUCUUAGACCCAAAAAGGUCUGAGACAAAGCGUGAGAUAGUGAGGUGCUUGAUAGAGUGCGCUCCUGGGCCUCAUGCUUUUGUCAUUGUGCUUAAAGUGGAGAACUUCACACAACAAGAGCAAGCUGUAGUUGACAAAAUAAGCCAAUGUUUUUCCGAAGAAGCUUUCAAAUAUGCUGUAGUGGUCUUUACUCAUGGGGAACAGCUCCCCAAAAGAAUGAAGAUUGAGGAAUUUGUCCAUCAGAAUAAAUGCCUGAAUGAUCUGGUGCAGAAGUGCGGUGGCCGGUGCCACGUGGUUGAUAAUAAAUGCUGGAAGAAACAGAAGAAUAACUACAGGAGCAACGAGUUCCAGGUGGCAAAGCUCCUUAACACAUUUAAAAAUAUGGUGGAAGAGCAAGGCUGCUACACCAAUAACAUGCUACAAGCAAUGGGAAAAGAAAUACAAGACGAAGAAGAGCGAAUUAAACACUCACCAGGGAACUUGUCACAGGAAGAAAUCAGAGAGCAGGCCAAAACUUCAGCGUUUAACAAGUAUUUGAUGGAGUCUGUUUGUAGUGUUGCAUCAGGGGUGCUGAUUGAUGUUCUCCUUUGUUCAGUUGGGGCAGGUCCCCUUCUUAUAGGAAAAGCCAUUUGGAAUGCAUUUGGAGCAGCAGGUGGAGAAAAAGAAAACAUGAAGGAAACAGAAGGAGAAAACCUUGUCAAAACAGUCGGAGCAAUAGCAGUAGACGCAGCUGAAAAGGUCAUAGGUACAUCUGCAGACGUCCUUGUUGCAACAGGGAAAACGUUACUAAGUUUAAUAGGAAAUCUGAGCGAUCUGGUGAGAAGUGCAGAGGCCUGUGCCACAUCAGUGACAGGAAAUUCGAACCAACAGGGAGACUGUCAGAGCGAUCGGUUCCUGGUGGCAGAGCUGCUCAACACAAUAGACAAGAUGGUGAUGAAAACUGAAGGAAGCGACUGCCCUGAUGAGACGCAACAAGCAGCGAACAUAACAGUUUGCAAUAAGAAGUCACCAGGAAACAUGUCACAGGAAGAGAUCAGUAAUGUGGCUAACAACAGCAGCUUCAAGAACGUGUGGGUGAAACUGACAGGCCCAGCAGCAGAAUCAUUAGGGAAGGCUUUCUUUGGGCCAACUGUCGCAGUUUUGCAGGAAAUUAUGGGAGCAGGAAAAGGAGCAGAGAAAGGAACAGCAGGAGCAGAAGCACUGAUGCAAAGGCCACCAGGACAAGGAGCUGAUGAAGGAGGCGUGCAAGACACUGAGAAAGGAGGAACCACAGCGGGAGUCACACCAGUGUCAGAGCCACCAAGCACAAUUGUCAUCACAGAAACAGAUGGAGCCAGGAAAGCCAUUAAAGUGCUAAAAAAAUCCAGGAUCAUGCUGCUGGGAAAAGCAGGCGCUGGGAAAAGCAGCCUGGCUAACGCUAUAUUUGGAGAGGAGGUGUUCAAGAUAGAUCAUAACCCAAUAAAUGGAAGUGAAUGUCAGGCAGAGUCCAGAUCUGUCCAUGGAAGAAGAAUUACCCUGAUCAACACUCCUGAUUUCUUUGACCCAGAGAAACCUGAGGAGGAAAUGAAGGGUGAGAUGGUGAGGUGUAUCACAGAGUGCGCUCCUGGGCCACAUGCUUUUCUCAUUGUGCUUAAAGUGGAGAAUCUCAAUGAGCAGCAAGAGGCUGUCACUGAGAAAAUAUGCCAGUAUUUCUCUGAAGAAGCAUUCAAACACGCAGCAGUUGUCUUCACUCAUGGCAACCAGCUUCCUGAAGGAGUGAAGAUCAAGGAGUUUGUGGAUCAGAAUAAAUGUCUCAGUGAUCUGGUGAAGAAGUGCGGCGGCCGAUACCAUGUCAUUGAUAAUGACUACGGGAAAAACAACAAACAGCGUGAAGACACGGGCAACAACCUCCAGGUGGCAGAGAUACUCAACACAACAGACAGGAUAAUGAUAGAGAACAAGGGGGGCUGCUACACCAAUAAGGUGCCACAACCAGUUAAGGGAGAAACAGAAGAAGAGGGUGACAGGACACCAGUAAGAAAUGUGCCAGACGAGAAAGUGUGGAUCAAAUUAACAGGCCCUGCAGCAGAAUCACUGGAAGAAGCUUUCCUCGGCCCGGCUGUCGUAGUUUUGCAAGAAACUGGGGGAGAAGGACAGACAGCAAAAGAAGCAAAAGGAGGAGAAGGAACCACAGCAGCCACAUUAAUGGGUGCAGCACUUGGACCAGUUUCAUACCUGGCAGGAACAAUAUCAGGGCUGGUAGCAGCACUUGGACCAGUUUCAUACCUGGCAGGAACAAUAUCAGGGCUGGUAGCAGCUCUUCAGAGUGACGCUUGGCCAGGUCGGUAUAACCGGUUUGGCACAGCGUCGUUUCUCAGACCAGAUGGGUUACACAGAUGGCACACUGCGCUCUUCACCUUGGAAACUGAAGAUCUGUGGCUUUAUUCACUUUUUCGCAAGAGGAUGAUGGCUGAUAAUGACCAGUAUCCCGUUUUCUUUGAGUAUAGCAGCCUGCUCGACGAGCAGAAGAGGGCGAUAGAAAAUUAUUUCCGUAUUCGCCGCAAAUCAGGCGGAGGUGACUGUGGACGCCUCAGCAGUGUGAACGAUAAACUCUUCUGUAUUGCUUUCAAAAACCAAAAUGCUCAGCAGAGAGUGCUGCAAAGAGGUGAGCAUACUGUGGAGCUUGCAGAUGGUCCUCUGGUGUUCACUGUCCGGGGACAACAGGAACCUCACACCUCCUCUGCAGUCACCACAUCCGCUCUGAGCCAGGAUUUAACAUCUCCGGCACAGAGCACACAGUCUGUUCCUGCCUCAACUCCUUCUCCAAACAAUGAAGAGUAUGAACUACAACCUGAUGCUUACCUCCUUCGUUACCUAGAGGAAUGUCCCAAGGCUGGGAAAGAACUAGAGAAAGAACUUGCCUCUGUGGCCUGCUCUGCUCAGCUUUACCCAGAGGAAGGGAGGGUUUUAGUCAGGAAUUUAGCUCAACCUGGUGCUGCAGAUGAAGGCAGAAACUGGAAAGCUGAGGUGGACAAACUCUUUGAUGGCUACAUGUGCCACUAUGAGGUGGAUCCUCACAAAGUCAGAGUUUUGCUUCAGUCCUGCAGCUCUCAUCAGACCACAGAUGAGGUGAAGGUGUACAGUGAUUUUGGCAUGGCUGUUGUAGUUGGGAAGUGUUCUCAGGUUAAGGCCAGGUUGAUGGAUGUAGCGGAUGCAAGUGUUAGAUCUCGAAGUUCACGUUUAAGUGGGAAGCAAACCAGGAUUUGUCGACUGGGUGAGGGCAAACUCCGCAUCCUCUGGGAAGAGAUUGAGCAUAGUUUGGGACGAAAUGUUCCAGGAGUUAAGGUCACACAGGGAGAUGCUGGUCAGGUUGUUCUGGAAGGUUCUGUGGAGGAUAUUCUUAAAGCUGGAGAUUGGAUUUCUGAUAAAGAGAAAUUGGUGUUAGAUAGGACAGUUCCUAACAUAAGCCUUCAUCUCUUGGCCUUCCUAAGGAAGGCUUAUGGAGGUCCAAGGGCGCUAGGUGACUUUUUAGGGGUUGGUGACAAGGUGGAAAUAGAAGUGCGAGAUACAGAGCUACGUUUUUUCUCCCUCUCUGCUGAUAAACUGGAUGACGCAGAAAAAGCACUGCAGGGUGAGUUCAAGGAAGUAAAGAUUGACGUUCCUAUGUUCUCUGCUGUUCCAUCUGAGCUUCGGGAAAAGCUUAAGUCUAAGACAGAGGAGAUGAACCAGGGGCAAUGUAGGGCUCAGGUCCUGUGUGGCUCAGACAGCACAGUGUGCUUACUGGGCCACACCAAAGAUGUUGAAGAGCUGAGUGAAACUGUCACACAGUUUAUUUUCCAAGACACAGACCAACUGGCGUCUUUGAGUUUGGGUGAAGGAAAUACAUUAGUUGCCAGCUACAGCCUUUGUGACGGGCUCCAGGUGCUGGUGUGUCAGGGUGACAUCACCAAACACGAUGCUGAUGCCCUGGUUAACGCUGCCAAUGAAGAUCUGGACCACGGUGGAGGCGUUGCUGCUGCGCUGAGUGAAGCAGGUGGUCCUGAAGUACAGAGGGAGAGCAAAGCUUUAAUAAAGCAGAUUGGGAAAAUUCCUACAGGUGAUGUGGUAGUGACCACAGGGGGGAACUUGAAGUGCAAGAAACUGCUGCAUGCUGUUGGACCUGUAGCUGGACAAGUAGGUGGCAGAGAAAGGUUCUUACUGGAAAAAACUGUCCAGUCUUCUCUGAAGUUGGCAGAAAUUAUGGAGUUUAAGUCUAUAGCAAUGCCCUGUAUCAGCUCAGGUUUGUUUGGUGUUCCUGUUAGUUUGUGCUCUGAGGCUGUUGUAACUGCUGUGAAAGAGUUUGGUAGUCAGGGAGGGCGAAGUCUGAACAGAAUCAUCCUGAUUGAUAACAGAGGAGAGGUGGUGAGGGCCAUGCAGGAAGCAUGUGACAGGAUUCUCCAAGGGAUAAGUACCAGGAACAGUACACUGAGUGGGAUCACUACAGGACACACCACAAGUGAUUUGGAUUUCCAGAUGGGCGCUGCAGCCCAAGACACAGUAAGAGAAGCCACUGCUGGAGCUCCUGGAGAAGGUGUCCACUUUGAGGUUGUUCUGGGAACCAUCGAGACCCAGCAGGUGGAUGUCCUAGUAUCUCCUAUGGUUGGCCAUUAUCCUCUCUCCACCCGAGUUGGAAACACUUUUUUCAAGAUGGCUGGAUCCCAGCUGACUGCAAGGUUUAGAGAGGAAGGAGGAGAAGAAACAAUGCCUGGUGACGCAGUUUUGGUGGAAGGCUUGUCUGGACUUCCAUCUAAUGCAGUGUUCUUCCUCAACCUCAUUCCCUGGGAUGAUGACCAAGAAGGAGCUGCAGUCCAGGUUCUGAGAGUGGGCAUCAAGAAAAUCCUAACGUCCUGUGAGAACAGAGGGUUUGGAUCUGUUGCUCUCCCUGUACUUGGGGCUGGGAUUGCCCUGUCUUUUCCUGAAAGCGUCACAUCCAGGGUUCUACUGGAGGAAGUUCAUGCAUUCAAACAGAGCCGAGCCAGCAGAACACCAUUCCUGAUCCGACUCGCCAUCCACCCCAAUGACAGAGAGUCUAGUGAGGUCUUUAAAGGAUUCAUAAAAGGUAUUCACCAACCAGACCAAGGGUCAACUGCAAAGAGGAUUGUCCUGCUGGGAAAAACUGGAUCUGGGAAAAGCAGCCUAGCUAACACUAUAUUUGGAGAGGAGGGACUGUUCACCGUAAAUGAUACUCCCAACUCUGGAACAUCUAAAUGUCAAGCAGAAACCAGAUCUGUCAAUGGAAAUAACAUCACUUUGAUUGACACUCCUGGUUUCUUUGAUGCAGGCAGGUCUGAGGACGAUGUGAAGUCUGAGAUCAUGAGUUGCAUCACAGAGUGUGCUCCUGGGCCACAUGCUUUUCUCAUUUUGCUUAAAGUGGACAAAUUCACUAAGCAGGAGCAGGAUGUUAUCGCCAAAAUAAGUGAAUGCUUCUCUGAAGAAGCUCUGAAAUAUUCUGUAUUUGUCUUCACUCACGGUGAACAGCUCACAGAAGGAAGGACAAUUCAGGAUUUUGUCAGUGAGAAUAAGAAUCUGAGUGAUCUGGUGAAGAAGUGUGGUGGCAGGUGCCACGUCUUUGAUAAUAAACACUGGAAGAACAAACAGCAGAACAACUACAGGAGCAACCAGUUCCAGGUAGAGGAGCUUCUGAAUACAAUAGACCAGAUGGUGAUGGAAAAUAAUGGAGGCCACUACACCAAUGAGACGCUGCAAGCAGUGGAGGCACACAUAAAGAGAGAGGAAGAGCACAUAAGACAGUCAUCAGGAAACAUGCCACAGGAAAAGAUCAGACAGCAGGCUAAAACCAGUGUGGCUCAUAGGCUUUUGAUCCAACUGACAGGAACUGCAACAGGAGCAUUAUUAGGGGCUUUCUUUGGUUUGGAAACCAUGGUUCAGUUAGUUAUCAGAAAUGUGAAGAGCCCUCCAGAAGCAAUGAAGCGUCUGAACAGUUUAAUGUUAAGUACAGUAGGAAGGGCAGCCACAGCAGGAGAAAUAGCAGUAGUAGCUGCUGGUGUAACUGCAGCAACUGCGGCUGCAGGAGGAGCAGUAGGUGGUUUUAUUGGAUAUGAUGCAUCAAAGGAAGCAGAGACAGUACAGGAGGCAGUAGAGAAGGCAGCUAAAGCUGUCAGGGACAAAAGAGAUGCUGCUUUAGCUUCUGGUAGUAUCUAAUUUUUUAGCCACUUGGAGGCAGUAGAACCACCUGAAAACAUAUUAGUUUCACAUGUUACUUUGCUAUUGAGUUGUGGUGCUACAGUGAAAUAUUAACACAUCUAGCAGACACCACAGAACAUUAGCAUUCCUUUGGAGUUGUGUUUCUGGCCAUUUGGCAAAUGUUUUUUCAAUAUUCACUCUCACACUCAGCAGAUAGGUGUUUUUAUAUCACACAUACACAGUUGAUCCAUUGUUGAUAAUAAAUAUAUAAAAGAUUGCUGUAUGUUUUAAGUAAGACCUGAUGCUUGUGAUUCAAACUUUAACUUUAACAAACUUUAAGGUCAUCUGUAGACUGAUUUGUAAACUUGGGUAUAUGUUUCAUGUGUUUAAUGAUCUAUAAUCACAGUGAUUGUUGCACUCUAGUUUCAAGGUGGUGGAUGAUGAUUUACUUUUUUUCUUGCUCUAUAUUAAGACAUUAUUUAUUUGUUAUAAAUAAGUUUUUCAACACUA